CACUGCGAAAUUCUCAAUAAAAAAUUGCUGCUUUUAGACGAAGAACCAAUCCAACAAUGGCUUCUGCUUCACCUAUUUCAAUGGCUCUCCCAUUAACCGGUGCCACCACCCAAAGGAAGAUGCUCGGUUCCCAGGCUUUGUUUAAGCCACUGCCGGUGAAGCCAUCGACGGCAAUGGCGGCUAAGAGAUCCAAUGCAAGGCUGGUGGAAGUCAAAGCUUCUUCUUCUUCUUCAUUCAGUGAGAGGGUGGUCAGUGGAUUGACAGCUGCUGCUCUGACAACAUCCAUGGUGAUCCCGGAGGUGGCUCAAGCCGCCGAUGGAGUAACGCCGUCGCUGAAGAACUUCCUGCUUAGCAUUGCGGCUGGUGGUGUUGUGGCUGUUGCCAUUAUCGGACCCGUCAUCGGUCUGUCCAACUUCGACCCUGCAAGCGGAGCUGAGCCAUUGAUUCUUUUCCCCUUUAUGUAUCUGUUUGAUAUGUUUCCAGCAAUAAAAUUCCAUCUUUUCUCUGUGUUUGAUAUGUAUCGGACCCGUCAUCAUUGUCUACUCAUAGACAGGGCGUUUGAAUCCCAUAGGAGACUAGCUGCGGUAGGAGCCGUUGCUCGCGACUCGGCUGGUUCUGUCCUAGGAGGCAUGGCGUUGUCCUCUCCUGGUGAUGUGGAAGUUGGAUUGACAGAGAUUCAUGCUUUAACCAAUGGAUUGCAUUUUGCAAGAGACAAUCAGUGA